AUGUGCUCUCGUGCAUAUUUGGUCAAGCUCCACAGGCUAAUUGCAAGCUCAAGAUGUGGACAAAAUGACUGGAAAAAGGGAGAAAUUUACCUGUUUAACAUAGCGGAAUGUGAGAAAUGUGAAGCCUAUGAUGUGAUGUUGGGGCAAAUUCUUGUGCCUGAUGGGCAGCCUCUUGCUAUUAACUGUUCACCGGAAAAGAACCUGAAAAGUGGAAACUACAACUUAACAUGGUAUAAAGUUGGUAACCAGACAGCUGUGCCUAGAGACAAACUGUCUAGAGUGCAUCAGCAGAAGAAUUUAAUUUGGUUUCUUCCUGCAGUGGUAGAAGAUUCUGGAGAUUAUGAAUGUGUCAUAAGAAACUUGACAAGCUUCAAGAAAAUGUGUACAAAAGUAACAAUUUUUGAGAAGGUUGAUGGUUUAUGCUUAAAUGAAAAAUUUGCUGUAGAGGAGGUGGUAUUCACAUCAUCAUCUGCAAAGGUUGUGUGUCCACACUUGGAUUAUUUCAGGAAUGAGAAGGAUAUUCAGCCUGUUCGUUGGUAUAAGGACUGCCAGCUGCUGGAAGGGAAAAGGUUUGCCUUCUCAAACAGUAAUCUUAUAAUUUUCAAUGUGACUGUACAUGAUCAAGGAAACUAUACAUGUGAAACAACACGUAACUACAAUGGAAAACAAUAUAACAUUUCACGGGAUGUCAGUCUGAUUGUAGAAGUGAGCCAACCAAAAAAGCCUCCAGAAAUAUCUUACCCAAGAAACAACUCGAUUGAAGUGGAACUUGGCUCGCAGGUUACAGUGGAUUGCAAUACGACAGGUGCUGAUGGGUAUGAAGUGUUUUGGACAGGCAACGGUGUGUAUAUUGAUGUAUUUUAUAUGAGCAGAAUUUUUGCAAGUCCCUAUGAGGAAGAAACUUCUGACGAUGGACGCCCUAUGCAUUCUGUGAAGCUAAUAAUUUCAGAAGUGAAUAGUGAAGAUUAUGAACAACCAUUUGUCUGUCAAGCUUCAAAUGCCUUUGGGGAGGUUGCAUCUUAUAUUAUAUUAAAGCACAGAGUUCCUGAUAUACGAAGAUGGCUGACUGGAUCACUUGUCUCUUUGUUAAUUUUAACAUUUAUUAUUUUAAUAAUCUACAAGACUUUCAAGAUUGAUUUGGUGCUUUGGUACCGUAAUUCUGCCUGUGCCCUUACAAGUAAGGAAGAUGGGAAAAUCUAUGAUGCAUAUGUCCUGUAUGCAAAAAGCAGUGAAGGCAGAAGUUUCUAUUGUCUGGAAACCUUUGUUCGUAGAAUACUCCCAGAUGUUUUAGAAAAACAAUGUGGAUAUAAUCUCUUCAUAUUUGGAAGGGAUGAUUUACCUGGAGAAGCUGUAGUCAGUGUUGCUGAUGAAACUCUUAAGCAAAGCAGAAGACUGAUGAUUAUUUUGGGAUCAGAAACAUCUAGUUGCUGCCUACUAGAAGACACCUCUGAACAACAACUAGCUAUGUAUAAUGCUCUCAUCCGCGACGGGAUUCAAGUGAUUCUUAUAGAAAUGGAUGAAAUACAGGACUACACAAGCAUGCCAGAAUCAAUCAGAUACAUUAAGCAAAAACAUGGAGCUAUCAAAUGGAAAGGUGACUUCUCAGAAAAAUCAUGUUCAGCAAAUACAAGAUUCUGGAAAAAAGUGCGCUAUCAAAUGCCAUUCAGGAAAAAAGUAUCUUAUUCUGAAGUGUAUGUAUUGCCCUUAACUUCGAACAAUUCUGCAGCAAAGGGAAGUUAAGAAGCACCUGUUAAAAUAACACUGAAGGUAAUUCUGAAUUGUGAUGUUUCUUGCACAAAGUCUUCUUAUUACAAACCAAAUGUUUUCUUUGAGAUGUAAAAACUACUCAUCCCUUCCUUAAAUUACACCUUAAAAGAAAAACUUUGCGCAACUUUAUUUCUGUUCUGUUUUUUUGACAGUGACAUAAUUUGUUGUGAUAGCCUUCAUUAGAUAUGAGGAGUAAAGGUUACGGUGAUGGUGGUACACAAUUAAAUAGUCACGGUCCACAUGAAUGUCUUGUGAAGAAGCAGCUGUGAGGUCCAUUUUUAAAAAUUGAAACUGCAGUUGAUAAAUUAAAAAUCUGUUUCUAUCACCAGAAUUUUCCUAGUCUUUCUGUUCCACUUCUUGUUACUUCUCCAUGACUGUCUGACUUCCUCAUUGCUGCAGGAAAGCCUGCGCUGUGCAAGCCUUGAGCUCUCCUUCUGAGCAAAAGGCCUUGUUCUUGUUU